AUGGUGACCUUAAAGACACCAUUAAAGCCUGUCAACGGACACGCGGCAGCGACAACAACAGCAGCAACAGCUGUCGGCGAGAAGAGGUCAAUUGAUACGGUGGAGAAGAAACCCCCCUCUGCAAAGCGUCCGAAGAUCUCAGAAUCCACCGACAAAUCAAGAUGGCGCAUGUUGGACGAAGGGGGCAGACAGACAUGGCAUUAUCUCCAAGACGACGGCGAGGCAGAGAAUUGGCCUCAAUCCGAUGCAGAUAGGUGGUACCUGGGUCUGCCCAUGGACCUGCCAGACCUUCCUGCUGCAAAGACGGCCCUCGAUUCGGUCAAGAACGGCCUUGAAUUCUUCCAACACCUCCAGCUUCCACCGGGGAAUUGGGGCUGUGAAUAUGGCGGGCCAAUGUUCUUGCUACCAGGUUUUGUCAUAGCCUGGUAUGUCACCGAGACUGAAAUCCCGACCCACAUCGCUACAGAGAUGAAGAACUACUUGUUCGCUAGGGCACAUCCCGAUGAUGGAGGUUGGGGUCUGCAUAUCGAGGGCGAGAGCUCCGUCUUUGGGACGGCAAUGAACUACACAGCUUUGCGUAUUCUGGGUGUAAGUGAGGAAGAGCCACGAAUGAUUCGGGCCAGGGGCACCUUACACAAGCUGGGGGGAGCAAGAUGCGGUCCUCACUGGGCGAAGUUCUGGCUCAGUAUCCUGGGAGUUUGCAAGUGGGAGAUAGUCAAUCCGGCGCCACCUGAGUUCUGGCUACUUCCUGAUUGGGUUCCCUUUGCGCCGUGGCGAUGGUGGAUCCAUAUGCGAAUGGUUUACCUUCCCAUGUCAUUUAUAUGGUCCAGACGCUGGACUUUCCCCGAGACAGCUCUUAUACGGGAGCUCAGGCAGGAACUCUUCGCGGAGCCAUACGAAUCUAUCAACUGGGCAGCGAAUCGGGACACCAUAGCCGAGAAGGAUAACUAUCAUCCUAAAUCACUUCUACUGAGAACGGCAAAUUGGAUUCUUGUCAAUGUACACAACCCGCUCACCAGGGUCAACUGGUUGGUUAAGAGAGCGGAAGACUGGGUCUGGAAACUUGUCCAGAUGGAAGACAAGAACACUGAUUAUUCUGACCUUGCGCCUGUCAAUGCGCCCAUGAACUUUCUCGUCUGUUACAUCAAGGAGGGACCAAAGGCCUACUCCGUAGAAAGACACAGGGACCGCCUGGCCGAUUACCUCUGGGUCAACAAGGAAGGUAUGAUGGUGAACGGGACCAAUGGUGUCCAAUGCUGGGAUACUGCGUUCCUAAUUCAGGCUGUAAUGGAUGCUGGCUUGGCUGAAGACCCGAAAUGGAGGCCGAUGCUCACCAAGGCUCUUGAGUUUUUGGAUGACCAGCAAAUGCGUGAGAAUGUGGAUGAUCAAGCCAUAUGCUAUAGACAGCAACGAAAGGGUGGAUGGGCGUUCAGUAACAAAGACCAAGGAUACGCGGUCAGUGACUGCAUUUCCGAGGCUCUGAAGGCCGUACUGCUGCUUCAACGGACGCCAGGAUACCCCACGCUUCUUGAGGACCAGCGAAUCUACGAUGCCAUCGAUACGCUUCUUACUUAUCAGAAUGCUUCCGGCGGCUGUGCAUCCUACGAGCCUACGCGAGGAUCCGAACGUCUAGAGAUGCUCAAUGCCGCUGAAGUCUUUGGCAGAAUCAUGAUUGAGUACGACUACCCAGAAUGCACGACUGCGGUUGUGACAGCUCUCUCACUUUUCACCAAAUACUACCCAGACUACAGGACUGAGGACAUCCGGACCUUCAAGGCUAGAGCAGUUCAAUAUAUCAAAGAUGCUCAGAGUCCUGAUGGAAGUUGGUACGGUAGUUGGGGCAUCUGCUUCACUUACGCAGCGAUGUUUGCACUGGAAAGUUUGGCGAGUAUCGGCGAGAAGUAUGAGAAUAGUGCGUUUUCUCGCGCCGGCUGCGAUUUCCUCGUCUCUAAGCAAAGGGAAGACGGCGGCUGGUCGGAAAGCUAUCGCUCCUGCGAGACAGCAACCUACAUCGAACACCCCACCGGCUCCCAAGUCGUCAUGACAGCCUGGGCCAUCAUCGGCCUCCUAGAAGCCUCCUAUCCGGACCGUGCACCCAUCGAGAGGGGCCUUCGUCUCAUUAUGCGCAGGCAGCAGCCCAACGGGGAGUGGCUGCAAGAAGCCAUCGAGGGCGUCUUCAACAAGAGCUGUAUGAUCUCGUACCCGAACUACAAGUUCAUCUUUCCCAUGAAGGCUCUGGGCAUGUUUGCCAAGAAGUAUGGGGAUGUGGCGUUGCUUUAG